AUGCUCCAGUCGCACAACAUGGCGUCGGCGGUAAUAUUAGGCCUCAUACUCCUAAUUCCAAUUAUCCUGAUUCUUCGCUUCACAGGAUGGCCCAAAUCAGUCCAAUCGCCAACCAAACUUCGCCUAUGGCGCCAGCGCCCCAAACAAUCCAGCGAGAUCGUCUCGUUGCGCAUGUACCCCAUAAAAUCCUGCCGAGGCCUAGAAGUCCAAUCAACAGUCCUAAAACAGCACGGUCUUGACCUCGACCGCCGCUGGAUGCUCAUCGACGCAUCCUCAAAUACUUUCCUAACAAUCCGCCAAAUCCCCGACAUGACUUGCAUCCGCACCGCCCUAAGUGCUGACGGCGACGAGUUGGUCGUGAGUAUCCCAAAACCUGGACCCAAUGAACCUACCCAAGAUCAAGACCAAGCGCAUCAAUUCCACACAAUCCGGAUCCCUUCCCAUCCAUCCCCACAAUGGCUAGCGAAAAAUACAAAUAUGGGCCCCGUCCACAUCUGGGGCACGGAGACAGACGGGUACAGGUACAGCGAUGAAAUCAACGCCCCUUUCUCCGCCUUCCUGCGCUGCGACGUCGCCCUCGUCUACAAGGGCCCGACCCCGCGCGUACUGAAGGGUAACGGUGCCCCCCGCCGUCUAGGCCGCGUCCAGACGACUGGAUUUCCAGACGUGCAUCCGGUACUGAUUGCGUCGGAGUCUUCGCUAGCAGAGCUCAAUGUUCGUCUGGGAAGGGUGGGCAUGGACCCGAUUACUGUCGAGCGGUUCCGUCCGAAUAUCGUUGUUCGCGGCGGGGCGCCGUGGAGUGAGGAUACGUGGAAGUUGGUUCGCAUUACUGGUCGGAAGGCUGGCGGUGUUCUUGGUGAUUCUGCUGGUGAUGGCAAGGCUGUUAUUCAGUCUCCGCUUGAUCUGGAUAUUGUGGCUCGCUGUGCGCGCUGCCAGGUGCCUAAUGUUGAUCCAGAUACCGCGCUCAAGCAUAAGAAGCAGCCGUGGGAUACGCUUGUUUCGUACCGUAGGGUUGAUGAGGGGAUGAAGUACAAGCCUUGUUUCGGGAUGUUGAGUGCGCCGCGUAAUGAGGGGGCUAUUGAGGUUGGCAUGAAGUUGGAGGUUUUGGAGGAGACGACUGAGCAUCGAUACAUUACUGGUUCCUAG